GCGAGAGGCCGGAAGUGGGCCAGAGCGGCGCCAAAAAAGCGGGAAGCGGCGCUCUGCGUGCCUGGGAGUCCUCACCUGAGCUGAGCGUGCCGUGGGUGCAGGUGGGUGGCAUGGUGUGAGAGUGCAGCCUGAGCCUAUUGCCUCUGCGGGGCCGCAGCCCCAUGGCACUGCGGGAUGCCCCUUCGGCCUGCCCAGCCCUGUGGCGGUGGCUGCGCUGCCCUUCAGCUGAGCUGCGCCUGGAUCUGGUGCUGGCGUCAGGGCAGGCCUUCCGGUGGCGGGAGAGCAGCCCUGGUGCAUGGACAGGAGUGCUGGGUGACCGCGUGUGGACGCUGCGCCAGGAGCGGGACCGCCUGUGGUACACGGUGUAUGGCAAGGAGACGCCUGGCCCCGAAACUGACCGGAUCCUGAGGGAUUACUUCCAGCUGGACGUGGGGCUGGCGGCCCUGUACCGCACCUGGGGGGCGGCCGACCCCCUCUUCUGCCAGACAGCCACUGCCUUCCCAGGGGUGCGGGUGUUGCGGCAGGACCCUGUGGAAUGCCUGCUGUCCUUCAUCUGCACCUCCAACAACCAUGUGGCCCGCAUCACCACCAUGAUCGAGCGCCUCUGCCAGGCCUUUGGCCAACAGCUCUGCUCGCUGAAUGAGAAGCCUUUCCACGCCUUCCCCUCCCUGGCAGCGCUGGCAGGCCCUGAAGCGGAGGCCAAGUUGCGGACGCUGGGCUUUGGCUAUCGGGCUCGCUUUGUCAGCGGCACAGCACGCGCCAUCGCCGAGGGAAUGGGUGCCGAGGGGCUGUGCCAGCUGCGGGCCGUGCCCUAUGCUGAGGCCAGGAGGGUGCUGUGUGCCCUGCCGGGAGUGGGGGCAAAGGUGGCUGACUGUGUGUGCCUGAUGGCCCUGGACAAGGCAGAGGCAGUGCCAGUAGACACCCAUGUGUGGAACAUUGCCCGGCAGCGCUAUGGGGCAGCGCUGGGUGCCCGCUCCCUGACUGCCCGUGUGCACCAGGAGAUUGGUGACUUCUUCCGUGAACUGUGGGGGCCCUAUGCGGGCUGGGCGCAGGCGGUGAGUACCAACCUCCCCCCCACACACACCCGGUUGUCCCUCCCAGUUGUGCUCACCCAGCACCUCUCAUUCCCCCCCACAGGUCCUCUUCUGCGCUGACCUCCGCAAGGACCGGGACAGUCGAAGCCAGGCCAGGAGGGGCCGCAGCCAGGCAAGCCAUGGGGCUGGGUGCUCCUAGGGAAGGGGGCACAGGGGGAUCUGAGAGCAGAGUUUGUCUGUCUCCUGCCCACUGCGUGCUGGCCCCUGGGGGACGAGCCAAGCCAGACACUGUUUGUCUAUUUCCUUUAUUACAAGGAAUAAAAUAGAAAUGUCCAUUU